CCAGUUGGUCCCUAUAUAAAGGGAAGAAUCAGAAGCAGAGCUACAGGCAGAGGGAGAGGGACAAAGUGGACAGCUGCCUCUUCUCCUCCACCUUUGCUGCGAUAAGUCAGAGGGGCUGGAGCUGCUGAACAAUGCGCUCGGACAUGGGGCUCGGAAAGGCCAAGCUGCUCCUGUGGGCCAGGAUGGUCGUGCUCUGGGGCAUGCCUAACCUUCCUCUCAGUGUGGAAUCUGGGGAAAUUCCAGGGUCUUCCCCGCCGCGCCUUGUCGGAAGAGAAUUCAUCACGGCCUUCAUGCAGAACGGCUUACAACAAACACUCAACAGCGACUUCCGGCUACUCAUCACUGCCUACGCCCCGGCCACCUUGAUCACCAUCUCCAUGAAGAAGCCAGCGCUUAGGGUGCCCGUCCAGGUGAAUGCUGGCCAGACCGCAACGGUGUUAAUCCCAUCCAACGCUGAGAUGGUAGGGGCCAAAAUCUUCGACAACACAGUUGUUGUCCGGGCUGACAAUUAUGUCUCUGUCCUCUCUCUUAACUCCAAACCCAACUCGGCUGACACCACCCCCGUCUACCCAGUGCACAGCUUGGGAACAGAGUAUUACGUUGUCACGCCAACCAUGGGUACAGAUCGCUAUGGGGAGGUUGCCAUUGUGGCCUGGGAGGGCCCCACCACAGUUGAUGUGCACCUGAAAGGGGCUGUCAUUUUCCAAGGAAAGACGCACCUCGGAGGGAGCAGGCUCACCAUCAAGCUGGAGGCAAAUCAGGCUGCCCAGCUUCAGAGCCCAGUGGACAUAUCUGGCACCAAAAUUAUUUCCCAGAAGCCUGUGGCUGUCUACGUUGGACACACCUGCGUGACAAGAUCCAAUCAGUGUGACCAUGUGUCUGAGCAGCUCCUGCCUGUCUCCAGCUGGGGGACCACCUUCAUCGUGCCCCCAUUGUCCUUUGAGAUGCAGGGUGAUAUCAUCUACGUCUCCACCUCCCAAGCAACUGAGGUGGAAGUUCAAGUUGGGAUGAGCAAGAGGAGCAUAGGGCUGCCAGCUGAGUAUGCUGUGCAGUACAGAACCGUUAGCUCCAAUGCCUUGUACUUCUCCGCUAGCGCUGGGAUCCAAGUCAUCUUCUUCUGUGAUGGUGGCACCAAAGGAAACAUCAGAUAUGACCCCUUCUUCAUGGCCAUCCCAGCUGUCUCGAGCUACUGCCAGUCCUAUCACAUCUACGGGCACAACGAGUUUGAGAACUACGCGCUGAUCAUCGUCAAGACAUCGGAAUCCGCGGGGGUCACCGUUGAUAGGAGACCACUGCACAAUGUCCUGUGGAGGCCAGUUCCAGGCACAGAAUACUCUUGGACUGAAUACAGCCUUGGCAAAGGGUUCCUGGUCCAUAAUGUGGAGCACGCCAGCUCCCCCUUUGGCCUGCUGAGCAUUGGGAUCGGAAACCAGAAGGCGUACGGCUCCCCAGCCAUUUGUGCAAGCGAUCCAUGCAGAACACUGAAUUGCCGGGAGAAGGAAACAUGCAGGAUUAAGAACGGCCAGGCAAUAUGCUUCCAUGACUACAUAGGAACCUGCAAUGGAUCCCUGACCUCCCAGUACUACACCUUUGAUGGUCUGACCAUGGACGUCCAAGACACCUGCACCUAUACCAUCGUCAAGUACUGUGGCCAUGACCCCACCCUGGAGCCCUUCACCAUCAAGGAGAAGAACAGCAACAUAGGGAAACAGGACAGUUCCAACCUUGGGUUGACCACUAUCCACGUCUAUGGCUACAAUAUCUCCAUCUACAAGGGAGAGAGUGGAGAAGUCAGGUUAAAUGACAAGAGCGUCCGCCUGCCGGUCACCCUGGAGGCUGGGAAAAUCAAGCUCUCCCAGAGCGAGAGACGUCCCGUCCUGCAGACGGAUUUUGGGCUCCAGGUGCGGUAUGACAGCGACUGGGCUUUGAUCGUGACUCUCGCCAGCAGCUAUUUUGGCAGCACUUGCGGGCUGUGUGGGAACUUCAACGGUGACACUGACGAUGAAGAGACGCUCUCCAACGGCACCAAAGCCUCUUCCGUCCUGGCCUGGCUUGAUAGCUGGAGAGUGGAGGACUCGGACCCCUCCUGCAGGGAUUCCUGCCAGGGGAAAUGUCCGGUGUGUGAGGAGAGCAAGAGGCAGCUCUAUGGGGGGGACAGUCACUGCGGGGGGAUCAGCAAAGCGCCAGGAGGGCCCUUCAGAGAGUGUCACCCCAGAGUGAGCCCCGACGAGUUCUUCCACAGCUGCGUCUACAACGUGUGUCUGAAUGAGGGCGACAAGAGCAUCCUGUGCCAGGCGCUGGAGGCCUACGCGGACGCCUGCCGGGAGCACGGAGUCACUGUCUACGACUGGAGGACGCCCUCCGGCUGUGGCAUGCCUAACUUUCCUCUCAGUGUGGUACCUGGGAAAAUUCGGGGGUCUUCCGCGCCGCGCCUUCUCGGAAGAGAAUUCAUCACAGCCUUCAUGCAGAACGGCUUACAACAAACACUCAAGAGCGACUUCCGGCUACUCAUCACAGGCUACGCCCCGGCCACAUUGAUCACCAUCUCCAUGAAGAAGCCGGCGCUCAGGGUGCCUGUCCAGGUGAAUGCCGGCCAGACCGCAACGGUGUUAAUCCCACCCGAUGCUGAAAUGGUAGGGGCGAAAGUCUUCGACAACACAGUCGUUGUCCGGGCUGACAAUGAUGUCUCUGUCCUCUCUCUUAACUCCAAACCCAACUCGGCUGACACCACCCCCGUCUACCCAGUGCACAGCUUGGGAACAGAGUAUUACGUUGUCACGCCGACCAUGGGUACAGACCGCUAUGGGGAGGUUGCCAUUGUGGCCUGGGAGGGCCCCACCACAGUUGAUGUGCACCUGAAAGGGGCUGUCAUUUUCCAAGGAAAGACGCACCUCGGAGGGAGCAGGCUCACCAUCAAGCUGGAGGCAAAUCAGGCUGCCCAGCUGCAGAGCCCAGUGGACAUAUCUGGCACCAAAAUCAUUUCCCAGAAGCCUGUGGCUGUUUACGUUGGACACACCUGUGUGACAAGAUCCAACCAGUGUGACCAUGUAUCCGAGCAGCUCCUGCCUGUCUCCAGCUGGGGAACCACCUUCAUCGUGCCCCCGUUGUCCUUUGAGAUGCAGGGUGAUAUCAUCUACAUCUCCACCUCCCAAGCAACUGAGGUGGAAGUUCAAGCUGGGAUGAGCAAGAGCAGCAUGAGGCUGCCAGCUGAGAAUGCUGUGCAGUACAGAACCCCUAGCUCCAAUGCCUUGUACUUCUCCACUAGUGCUGGGAUCCAAGUCAUCUUCUUCUGUGAUGGUGGCACCAAAGGAAACAUCAGAUAUGACCCCUUCUUCAUGGCCAUCCCUGCUGUCUCGAGCUACUGCCAGUCCUAUCACAUCUACGGGCACAACGAGUUUGAGAACUACGCGCUGAUCAUCGUCAAGACAUCGGAGUCCGCGGGGGUCACCAUUGAUAAGAGACCACUGCCUAAUGUCCUGUGGAAGCCAGUUCCAGGCACAGAAUACUCUUGGGCUGAAUACAGCCUUGGCACAGAGUUCCAGGUCCAUAAUGUGGAGCACGCCAGCUCCCCCUUCGGCCUGCUGAGCAUUGGGAUCGGAAACCAGAAGGCAUACGGCUCCCCAGCCAUUUGUGCCAGCGUCCUGCCCUGCCCUGAGAACAGCCACUAUGAGGCCUGUGGGAACGCCUGUCCAGCCAGCUGCUCUGACCGAACUGCCCCCUCCUCCUGCCAGGAGCCCUGCGCGGAGACCUGCCAGUGUAACGAUGGUUACGUCCUGAGUGCCGAUCAGUGUGUCCCUGUGGAGAGCUGUGGAUGUGACUACAAUGGCCACUACUACAAACCUAAUGAGGAGUUCUGGGCUGAUGAGAACUGCCGCUCUCGAUGCAGGUGUGACCCCAGCCUGGGCACGGUGGUUUGCCAGGAAACCAGCUGCAAGAGCAAUGAAAGAUGCGUCAUUGUGAACGGUGCCCACCGCUGUAAGGCAACUACCUACUCCACCUGCAUAGGUACUGGAGACCCUCACUACACCACCUUUGAUGGGAAGAAGUAUGAUUUCAUGGGCACUUGCAUCUACCAGUUCGCGGCUCUCUGCUCCGAAGACCCCACACUCACCCCAUUCAACGUCAAAGUGGAGAACAACCACCGAGGCAGCAAGGCCGUGUCCUUCACCAAAACAGUGACCUUAGAGGUUUACAAUGUGACCAUCAGCAUGAGCCAGGAUCAUCCACGCAAGAUCCAGGUGGAUGGUGUUUUUGUGGACCUGCCCUUCUCCCACCAGCGCAAGUUCAAGGCCUACAUCAGUGGCGUUCAUGGUUUCAUCAAGACCGAUUUCGACCUGAGAGUGAGCUUCGACUGGUACAGCUACGCCAGGGUGAUCAUACCCAAUACGUACACCAAUGCUGUCUGCGGCCUCUGUGGCAAUGCCAAUCAGGACCCCAGCGACGAUCUGACCAUGAAGAAUGGAACUCAGACAUCUGAUGAGAUUCAGUUCGCUGACAGCUGGAAGGUUGGUGACGUCCCGGGGUGCUCAGACAUCUGCACCGGGGACUGCUCAGUCUGCAGUGAGUCUCAGAAACAAACCUACGAGGGAGACCAGUAUUGUGGGGUCCUCACUCAACAGAACGGGCCAUUCACACAGUGCCACGGGGCCAUCAAACCAGCCUCCUUCUUUGAUGAUUGUGUCUUUGACACCUGCCAGUACAAGGGUCAUCGUGACACUCUGUGCAGCGCAAUCAGUGCCUAUGUGACAGCCUGCCAGGCCAGGGGCAUCCAGAUAGGGCAGUGGAGAUCGGCCUCAUUCUGCAGCCUCACCUGUCCCCGGAACUCUCACUACGAGUUCUGUGGGAGCAGCUGUCCUGCCACCUGCCACAGGCCCUCGGCUCCGGACAGCUGCGAGGAGCCCUGUGUGGAAGGGUGUUUCUGCGACACCGGAUUCAUCCUCAGCGGAGACCGGUGCGUCCCCAUCACGCAGUGCGGCUGUGUGCACCAGUGCAGGUACUACCAGAAAGGAGAAGAGUUCUACACCAGCGCCUCCUGCCAGGAGCGGUGCCAGUGCCAAGAGAACGGGGUCGUCGAGUGCCAGGAGGCCUCCUGCGGAGCCAAUGAGGAGUGCAAGGUGGAGAAUGGAGUCCUGGGCUGCCACCCGAUGGAGUAUGGAACCUGCAUAGUCUCCGGUGACCCUCACUACAUCUCAUUUGAUGGACAGGCCUUCGACAUCCAGGGCUCUUGCGCUUACACCUUAGCUAAGGUCUGCAGCAGUGACCCCCGGCUGGUGGAAUUUUCCGUGGUGGUUGAGAACGAGAGCAUUGGUGGUGGCCGUGUGGCUCGGACGAGGGCAGUGGUGGUCUCUGUGCAUGGUUACACCAUCUCCCUGGAGAGGGGGAGGAAGUGGAAGGUGGAGGUGGACAGGGAGCUCUACACUCUCCCACUGGUUAUGGACGAUGGGAAACUUUGGAUCAACCAGGAAGGGAACAACAUCAUUGUCCAGUCUGCCUCUGGCCUCCAAGUCUUUUAUGACACUGCCUCCUACCUCCGAGUGUCCAUCCCCAGCACCUGCAAGGGACACAUGUGCGGCUUGUGCGGCAAUUUCAAUGGUGACAAAAAUGAUGACUUCCUGCUGCCCAAUGGAAAGAGCACUCAAAGUCUGAGUGAGUUUGUCGCCUCCUGGAAGGUGCCUGUUGAUGGUGCCAUGUGCUCCGAUGGCUGCGGUGAGAGAUGCCCCAUCUGUGAUGGGGCCCAGACAGCACCAUACCAGUCUGAGCGCUCCUGUGGGCUGAUCAGAGCCACCUCAGGUCCCUUCAGAGAUUGUCACUCGCUGGUCAGCCCUGCCGAGUACUUCAACCACUGUCUCCACGACAUGUGUGCUACCAACGGGACGGGAGAGACCCUCUGCCAGAGCCUCCAGGCCUACGCGGCCGCAUGCCAGACAACUGGAGCCAAGAUCAGAGCCUGGAGAACAGCCUCCUUCUGCCCCCUUGCCUGCCCACUCAACAGCCACUAUGAGCUGUGCACCAAGUCCUGCGAUUUCACCUGUGCUGGCUUGUCUGCCCCUGCUCAGUGCACCCAGAAUUGCUUUGAAGGCUGCCAGUGCAAUACUGGCUACAUGUUCGAUGGGGAGGGGUGCGUGUCCAUGGACAGGUGCGGCUGCAUGCACGAUGGACGCUACAUCAAGUCCAGGGAGAGUGUCAUCUCCAGUGACUGCUCAGAGAAAUGCACUUGCCACCCAUCAGGUGGGCUCAUCUGUGAGAAAAACAGCUGCCCCACUGGAGAGAUCUGCGUGCUCAGGGAUGGGAAGCAUGGAUGCGUGAAACAGGAAGGCCGGUGCAUGGUCUCUCCGGGUGCUUACCUCACCACCUUUGAUGGUGCCAAGGGGAAAUUCCUCUACAGUGGGACGUACAAAGUGGCCUCGCUCUGUGACGAGAGCUCUCCUGCCUGGUUCAAGGUGGUGGUAGACAUCAGUGAAUGCACCAAUGACGGAAUACCAGCUUGUGCGGCCAUCUUUGUUUUUUUCCGAGAAGCUCUUAUCACUGUGAACAAUAACAUGGAGACCUGGGAUGGCAAAAAAAUGUCAAAAUCUCCAUUAUUUUCAUGGGAUGAGACAACAAUUUCCCUCUCAGCUCUUGAAAAUAGAGAUCCCCAUGUCUUCUGA